AAGCUCAGCAUGCUCCAGUCGCAUCUCGAUGCCAUGCACGUCUGCUGCGACGAGGUCCAGACCGAGCUCGACAAGGCCAACCAGGGCACUCGCUACCUCCUCGAGCACGCCGAGGGUCUGCGCCAGCAGCGCGCAACGACGACCGUCCAGCAGUCGCUCAUCCACGUCUUCCUCGCCCGCUUCACCCUCACCGAGUCGGAGCUUCGCGCCCUCACCUCGCGCGACGUGCCUGUCGGGCCCGAGCUCUUCGCCGCCAUGGACAAGACGGAGCGGAUACGCGCAGACUGCAGGGCUCUGCUCAGCGGCGAGGCCGGCGAGGGAACGCAAGCUGGGCUCGACAUCAUGGAGUACACGUCCCAGCACCUCGAGGCCGGCUACGCCAAGUUGCACAAGUGGCUCACGUUCGAGGCGCGCGGGUUCGCCAAGGACGUCCUCGAGGUGUCGGCGACCGUGCGCGAGGCCGUCGCUCGGCUCAAAUCCCGCCCCGAGCAGCUCUCGGAGGUGCUCUCGAUCCUCGGCACGACCCGCUCAACCUCGAUCCUGAACCUGUUCCUCGACGCGCUCACCCGAGGUGGGCCCAAUGGCCUGCCGCGCCCGAUCGAGCUGCACGCGCACGACCCGAUCCGGUACAUCGGCGACAUGCUCGCGUGGCUCCACCAGGCCAUGGCCGGCGAGCGCGAGUUCCUCGAGAGCCUGUUUGGGACGAGGAGCGACGACGAGAGCCAGAGGAGGAGGGUCGGCGAGGUGCACGCGCUCAGCCGGCACAAGCGCGUCAGGACGGGCGUUGACGGCAUCGUCGGCGGCGUCGUGAGCGAUCGGGACCGGGUCAAGAAGCUGCUCGACCGCGACCUCGAGGGCUGUGGGAGGCCGCUCAAGAUCCGCGUCCAGCAGACGAUCAAGUCGCAGGAGUCGCCCAUCAUGGCGUACCAGAUCUCGACGCUCAUCCACUUCUACAAGGUGACGAUGGAACGCACCGUCGGCGAGGACGCCCUCAUGAGCACCGUGCUCGGCGAGAUCAUGCAGCACGCCUACGAGGUCUUCUUCGAGACGCUCUACGCCCAGGGCCGGAGCUUGCUCCGCUUCAUCCAGCCUCCUGCCGCCGCCCUGUCGGCCCCGACCCAGCUGCGCGACGUCCUCUCGACCCUGCGCGAGAUCAUGACCGUCUACGCCUCGUCCCUCCUCGACGCCGAUUCGGCCACGCCUCCACCUUCCUCGCGCGAGGUCGAGUUCCGCCCCGUCCUCGAUGCCGCGCUCGACCCGGCGCUCGACAUGUGCGCGCGCAUGGCCGAGAUGCGCGCCGCCGAGUGGGACCGGAGCGUGUUCUGGGUCAACGUCGACGAGGCGGUCCUGAGCGCGUUGGAGCCGUUCGCGUUCGCGCAGGAGCGGCGAGAGACGGUGCAGAGGGAUGAGGGCGAGCACGUCGAGCUGUUGACGACCAAGCACUACGGUCACCUCGUCGCCGAGUGCGGCCUCGAGCCGAUCCUCCUCGCGUUGCGGACCAAGGGCCGGCCUCUU